AAAUCCUAGUGUUGUAGCGACUGAGUAGAACAUAUAAUUACUUUUUAUUAAAUCAUUAAUCAUGACGAAUAUUCCUUGUAAAAAAUAGAAUCCUCAAUAUUUGUCUUCCUAAUAUAUACCAUGUACAUAUGGGAGUCUUGUCUUUCCGAAAUCCAAUUCAUAAGAAUUAUAUAUCCCUUCUUGACUUCUAAGUGUCUUGUUACUUCGUAUGCAUGAUUGAUGUCAUUAUAUUAUAUAUAUAUAUAUGAUUGAUGUCAUUAUAUAUAUAUGGAAGAAACAGCUAAUUGAAUGGUGUCAAAAACUAUAGGAAAUGAGACAAUUAUUUUGAGGUUGAGUAUGAGCUGUGAAUAUCUAACAGAAUCAUCUUUGAAUAUUUUUAAAUCGGAGUUUGCUUAUUUUAAGGAAGUGUGCCAGAAUUAUGUAAAGUGGGAAUUCAGUUAAAAAGUGGUAAUGCUUCUUAGUGUUUGUUGUUAUUUCAAAUUCUUCCUCAUAUCAAUCCACAGGGUUUUCCCUCCUCUAUAUAUAAGUGAUAACCCAAAAUCCUUUUCUAAAAAUUUAGCAAAAAGAAAAAAUUAAAGGAGAAGCAUUUUCCUCCGAACUUUGAAGGCGCUCUUUUUCUUUUUUUUUCCUCUAAAACAAAAAUGUGGAAAAUGGGUUCAAUUUGGUUAGGAUUUAUUGGCGUAAUUAGUUUGGUAGUUUUGGUGAAUGGAGCAGAAGUGAGUUAUGAUGGAAGAUCACUGAUCAUUGAUGGGGAGAGGAAGCUCUUGUUUUCGGGCUCAAUUCAUUAUCCACGCAGCACACCAGAUAUGUGGCCCUCUCUAAUAGCAAAGGCCAAACAUGGUGGAGUAGAUGCAAUUGAAACCUAUGUAUUUUGGAACCUUCACGAACCUCAACCCGGCCAGUAUGAUUUCAGUGGGAGACGUGACAUAAUAAAAUUUAUUAAGGAAAUUCAAGCUCAAGGCCUUUAUGCCGUCAUCAGGAUUGGUCCAUUCAUCGAGAGUGAAUGGAAUUACGGAGGUUUUCCAUUUUGGUUACAUGAUGUCCCCGGAAUCACAUUUCGAUGUGACAACGAACCCUUCAAGUUCUACAUGCAAAAUUUUACUACAAAAAUUGUCAACAUGUUCAAAUCAGAAGGACUAUAUGCUCCACAAGGAGGGCCUAUCAUACUUUCACAGAUUGAGAACGAAUACCAGAAUGUAGAAGCUGCAUUUCAUGAGAAAGGUCCACCCUAUGUUCGUUGGGCGGCUGCCAUGGCCGUGGGACUUGAAACCGGAGUUCCAUGGGUGAUGUGCAAGCAAAAUGAUGCUCCUGAUCCUGUGAUAAAUACUUGCAAUGGAAUGAGAUGUGGAGAGACUUUUGCAGGGCCAAAUUCGCCAAAUAAACCGGCACUUUGGACAGAAAACUGGACAAGUUUUUAUCAAACCUAUGGUGAACAGGCCCCCUUGAGAUCAGCAGAGGAUAUUGCGUUUCACGUGGCUUUGUUCAUUGCAAAGAAGAAUGGGAGCUUCAUAAACUAUUAUAUGUAUCAUGGAGGUACAAAUUUUGGCAGAACAGCAUCAUCAUUCAUUAUCACAAGUUAUUAUGAUCAAGCCCCUCUUGACGAAUAUGGUUUAAUCAGGGAACCAAAAUAUAGUCAUCUCAGGGAGUUGCACAAAGUGAUCAAGUCAUGCUCAAAGACCAUACUCUCAGGAGCACUGACUAACUCAUCUCUAGGUGAUCAACAAGAAGCCUAUGAGUUCCAAGAUGCAGAAGGGAAAUGCGCAGCUUUUCUUAUCAACCAUGACCAAACAGCGACAGAGGUGCAAUUUCAGAACUCUAAAUAUGAGCUUCCUCCAGCAUCAAUCAGCAUCUUACCAGACUGUAGCACAAUAGCCUUCAACACAGCUAAGGUAAGCACACCAUUCAGCAAUAGAUCAACCCUACCAAUUAUCAUGUUUGACUCAGCCGAUGGAUGGAGCGAAUUUCAAGAAGACAUUCCUGAAUUUGAGGAGACAUCAUUAAGGUCCAAUUCAUUACUGGAGCAAACGAAUGUCACAAAAGAUACUUCCGAUUAUCUUUGGUACAUUGCUAGGGUUAAUUCAUCAGAAACUCAAGCAUUAGUUACAGUACAUUCAAGGGGACACGCUAUACGUGCAUUCGUUAAUGGAGUAUCUGCAGGUUUUGCAAAUGGAACUCACAGUAACACAUCUUGUAGCUGGGAAGACACUGUCAAUCUGUCUGAAGGAAAGAAUAGCAUCUCCCUACUAAGUUUAACAGUUGGACUGGAGGAUUUCGGGGCAUAUCUUGAGCGCCGCUCGUCCGGAUUGAGCAGAGUUCGAUUGCACUAUAACAAUCAGACAAAGGAUCUAAGCAAUUCUGAAUGGGGAUAUCAGGUUGGAUUGCAAGGGGAGAUUCUACAGCUUUACACAGGGGAAGGAUCAAAUGCUGAUCUGUGGAGCCAGUUGAGUACCCCUCCUGAACCACUGACUUGGUAUAAGGCACAGUUUGAUGCUCCUGAGGAUGAUGGUCCUUUUGCGAUAAAUUUGGAAACCAUGGGGAAAGGUGAAGUUUGGAUCAAUGGUCAAAGUAUCGGCAGAUAUUGGGUCUCCUUGCUCACAGAUUCUGGCUCUCCUUCGCAGACAUGGUACCAUAUACCAAGAUCCUUUCUCAAACCAACAAGCAACCAGCUGGUUUUGUUCGAGGAAGAAGCGCGAGGCCCUCUUGGCAUUUCUAUCGACAUCAUCUCAAAUAAUAAAGUGUGCGCAAGGGUAUCAGAUAAGCAAGCAGAGAAUUUGUUUCUGGAGGAGGAACCAAUAUUGAGAUCAAGAGAACACGCGAAACACCACAACGGACAACCAAAAAGAGUUCAUCUACACUGUCCAUCUAGAAAAACAAUUUCUAGAGUCCUGUUUUCAAGCUUUGGAAGUCCUGUGAGUGAAUGCGGAAGCCAAGCUAUUAGGCGAUGCCAGUUUUCAAAUUCAACAAAAAUCGCUAAAAAGGCUUGCAUUGGGAAGAGGAACUGCUCUAUCCCUCAUUCGUUCCAACAUUCUGGUGGCGAUCCGUGUCCAGGCAUUCCCAAAGAGAUAUUAGUCAAUGCAGAAUGCUCAUGAGGCGAAAUCUUUAGUCGAAAAUGUACAUGUUAAGCUUACAAGAAAAACAGCUAGCUAAACACAUGCACAUAGCUUACAGUGUUCAAAUAAAUAGACUAGGCGAUUUGUUAUCAGAAAUCUGUUUACACAAAAAAAAGAAAAAAAAAAGAAAAAAGAGAUAAAGCAUAUCAGUUUACAUGAUGAUGAUCAGUGGCGGAACUAGAUUUUUUAUUCUGGGGGGCUUAAUUUCAUUUUAUAAAGGGGUCAAAAUACAGUGUAUAUAAAAUGCUAGGGGUUGAUCUUUAUUAAAAAGGGUGUCUUUGGAAAUCCAAGAGAGUAGAUAUCCUAAAUGGUAAUAUCAAUAAUUUUUAAAGUCCCACGUCAUCUUCUUCCUCCUCAGAGCCCGCCGCUGCAAAAAUUUAGUCGCCGGAAAAUCUCUUGUCUCCGCCUCCCUCCCUCACCCACACUCCUUCAAUCACAAACCUUUGAAGCCCGUCCUUCAAUCACAAGGCUUAGAAUCCCCUUCAGAGUCUUUUUUUUCUUCUGAAUUUUGGACUGAAAGGAGGCAGCGGAACCAGAAAGAAUUCCAACCACAUGAGCUCCUAUGGAUAACGAUUGGCGGCUCGGGGGGUCAGCUGACCACCCGGGCACUUAACUGGUUCCGCCGCUGAUGAUGAACAGAAAGUAAAAAAGGAUAAGCCUAAUCUAUUGAGUUUUCUUAGGCUAUGUUUGCUUUCUUUUUUUGAAUGAUUUUUUCAUAAUUUUUUAUUAAUAUUUAAUCCCAUUCAAC